AUGCCGCCCCAAUAUCAGCGCCCUCGGCCAUCUAAGCAGACAAUCUUAACCCGCUAUGGUGGAUGGCUUCCAGCUAAACCUGAGGUUUAUGAAGCAUUCUUCAAUGAUCUCCUGCGCACGUACGACCCAAAGAGGCCCGGAGCUCAUGUCCCGGCAGUUCAAGAGUUUGAAGAUGCCAUUAUCAGUAGUUCUGAUAUCGGAUUGCUUAACUUGUUCGAAAAAGCCUUCAUACAAUCUGCACCCGAAAACAGGGUUCGAAAUUUUCAACAACUGUUACACUGCAUGGAUAAGAUUGUUGUUGCUGCGCCCAAAUUUCAGGUGUCUCGAAACGAGCAGGGCGAAAUUACCAGUGGCGAACCCAUUGGUGUCCCCUUGUAUCUUCUGCUCGAUCUUCUCAGUAACACGGCUGCCGGUUACGACCUCUUUCGCAACACAAGAUUCAAUGAUGCUCUGAAGGCUUUGCUCGAUUCUUGGGGCAAGUACCUUCAGAGCUCUAAAUCCAACAAUACACUCAACAACAGUGACGAGGGUUGGUUCAGUAAACUUGGAUUAGAGACUCUUGACAAUGGCCGCGGCAUAUUUAAUGAUAUCUACGAAUGUCCCGAUGAGACUGCAGUGAAUCGUGGCUUCACCUCCUGGGAUGCUUUCUUUACCAGGAAAUUCAAACCGGGUGCUCGCCCUAUUCAGCCUCAGCCAGAUUUCCCUAAUUUCUUCAUUUAUAAUGCUUGCGAAUCUACCGUAUUACGCAAAGCAACAGGAAUCAAGGAACACGACCAGUUCUGGCUCAAGGGCCAGCCUUAUUCAAUCUAUGAUAUGCUUGCCACCAUACAGGACGAUAGAGUUGCCCAAUCGUUCAUCGGUGGGACCGUCUAUCAGGCUUUUCUCUCUCCGUAUGACUAUCACCGCUGGCAUAGCCCCGUAAAUGGUACCAUUCGCGAGAUCCAGAUUAUUCCGGGAACAUAUUAUGCGGCGCUGCCUGAUGAAGGGGCAGAAAAAUCUGAUCCCGACUUCCAACCUGGAGACCCUCGAGGUGCUAUCAUCCGCUCCCAGGCAUGGCUGACCCAAGCUGCUACUCGUGCUAUCAUUUACAUCGAUGCCGACAACAAAGAUAUUGGUUGCGUCGUAUUUAUCGGUGUUGGAAUGGUCGAGGUGUCGACGUGUCAGGUCAGCGUCAAAGUUGGAGGUAGUGUCAAAGUUGGUGACGAGCUCGGGAUGUUCCACUUUGGUGGCUCGACUCAUGCGCUCAUCUUUGGACCCGACGUCAAACUCAAGUUUUUUGAUUACGUUCAAGCCAACGAACACUUACACGUCAAUAUCCCUUUGGCCGCAGUAGAAAUUUGA